CUCGAAUAGCAAUCGGCGACCAUGACGAAUAGCCUAACCAGCCCUCUCGACAUCUUCCGUGCUCAUCCCGACGAGACAAGACUGGACGAGCUAGGCAAGCGCCUGCUGGACUCGGUGCCUGACCGACAACCCGCCACGUUAGCUCGUGCCGUACAGAACAUUAUCCUUCACCAACAGCACAUUGAACUCUGCGGAGCAAAAGCUGCUUUCACGGAAGCUGACACUGAGCGUGACCUCAGCCUUCGCUCCGCCCAACGUAUCAUCGACCACUGGGUCGCCCGCAACCCUCGCAACAGUAGCAGCGGCAGCGACACACAAACGACACCCUCCCUUGUGGUCCCACGAGAAGCGUCGGCACGUGUGGUAGGCACGUGCCGCGAGUUCGCUCUGCUGUUUACAUCCUUCCUACGCGAGUCGGGUGUCCCUGCCCGACCCCGUGUCGGCUUUGCAGACUAUUUCUCCGGAGAGGGGUGCGAUUUCUUUGUUGACCACUGGGUGACCGAGUUCUGGCAUGCCGAUGCUGGACGAUGGGUUCUUGCUGACGCAGAGCUUGACGAUAUGGUCUGCAAGCGGAACAACAUCUUGUUCGAUCCCCUGGAUGUGCCGCGUGACCGCUUUUUGGUAGGCGGCGAUGCUUGGUUGGCUGUUGAGGUCGAGAAGCGCUUGCAAGGUGACGAGUUUGGAAUGCCUUGGCUCAAAGGCGUUGGGAUGGUCGCUGGCGCCGUCGAGCGCGACCUCGCAGCCUUGAAUGGCACCUCCCCGCUGUGCUGGGAGGCUUGGCCGGAAUGUCUUAUGCUGCGUGUGCCCAUCAAGGGCCCCGUCCCGGAUGAAGUUAAGGAGGACUACGGCGUACUGGCUGAAGCGAGCUCGAAGGCGGGCAAAAAGGGAGACAUCACGGAGGAAAUACGUAUGCUGGAAAAGGCGAUCACACAUGGGGCUUUUGCAAAGUGCCAGCCCAACCAGAUGAUCGACCUGCGUCAGGAAUAGGCAAACAUAUGUGUGUCGGUGCAGAGUAAUUUGUAACUUGUACAUUUGCUCAAUAGUAUUCUUGCUGUUGCUGGAUGCAUUUCAUCCCUCGGAAACCCAUACGUUGUACCAUUGUAAAUUCAAAAGGUGUCUGCGGUUUC